UGCACAUAGCACGCGGAAAAACCCUAGCUCCUCCCCUUCUCCCUCCCCUAUAAAUUCUCGCCGUUAAAUCUCUUGCGGGCGGGAUCCGCCUCAGCUCACCAUGGGUAUCGAUCUCGUCGCCGGCGGCAGGAGCAAGAAGACGAAGCGCACCGCUCCGAAGUCAGACGAUCCGUACCUCAAGCUACUCGUCAAGUUGUAUAAGUUUUUGGUGAGGAGAACAGGGAGCAGCUUCAAUGCGGUGAUAUUGAAGAGGUUGUUCAUGAGCAAGACGAAUAAGCCACCGAUCUCGCUCAAGAGGCUUGCCACUUUCAUGAAGGGAAAGGAGGACAAGAUUGCGGUAAUUGUCGGCCCUGUGACAGAUGACAAGCGUGUCUACGAGGUUCCUGCAAUGAAGGUGGCAGCUUUGAGGUUCACGGAGACUGCUCGGGCCAGGAUCAUCAAGGCUGGUGGGGAGUGCUUGACGUUCGAUCAGCUUGCUCUGAGGGCACCACUUGGUCAGAACACGGUUCUCCUCAGAGGUCCAAAGAACUCGAGGGAGGCGGUGAGGCACUUUGGUCCGGCUCCUGACAGCCACACCAAGCCGUAUGUCCGUUCCAAGGGGAGGAAGUUUGAGAAGGCUCGGGGUAGGAGAAACAGCAGAGGUUUUCGAGUUUGAGAUGCGUUUGCUACUCCGAUCGAUACCCAUUGUGUGGGAUUACUGUAGACUUCUAUUUCGAGAUUUGCCGUUGUUAUUUCAGAUAAUUUUGGAAAGACAAAAUGAGGAUUCUAUAUUGUGUUGUUACAUUUUUUUUUGGGGAUGGCAUAUUUUUUUACUUCAAUUAGCGCAGGAAGUUUUGUGGCUA